AGAUCCCAGCAAAUUGGCAAUCAAAUUACACAUUAUUGGUGGCAUGAUAGUGAUUUAACAUUAAUACAUUCCCUACUUUAGAAUGAAAGUCUGAAGACAAGCCCUGUCAGUGACCGUUCUUUCAGCACUCCAUCCCUCUGACAAGAGGAAUAGCAAGCGAUUUGAGGACAGCUGAACAUGAUACACGAAGAGAAGUGUCAUGCAGAAUAUGUUAAACACAAUUAGCCCAAAUAGUUAGUAGGGCUUUUGCGUCAUGCUCAUGACAUGCCUUGAAAUAAGAUGUUGUCCAUGCUCCAAUUAUGAACUGCACUAGAGCUCGAGGACUAUGUGAAGGAGUGUUUUUUCGUUUGUGUAUUGUGAACGGGUAAGAGAACUGCGGUGGAAGGACACCUCUUGUGGAUGUUCCCAACAGAUAUCCUUGCACUGGGUAAUCCAGCAGUCUCUUAGCAUCUUACCAAUAGGAGAAAAGGAGCAGUCAUUUCGUGGCAGUUCAGCAGCCUGUUCCUGAUAUUGUCGCAGGCAUCUAAAAGUCAAGACGGGCCAUGAGUGAGGUCCAGGAUAGGGAUUGUGAUCGCCAGAACUCCCAUGUUGACAGGAGAUGGGACAGUCAGUUGUCAUUUCUCCCAGACAAGCUACAACAGAGACUGAUGCCAUUCCAAAAGGAGGGGGUCAAAUUCGCCCUAUCAAAGAAUGGAAGGUGUAUGAUCGCAGAUGAGAUGGGUCUGGGGAAGACGGUGCAGGCUAUCUCUGUGGCCUACGCCUACAGACAGGAGUGGCCUCUGCUCAUCGUGGUGCCCUCCUCUCUAAAGUACCUCUGGAUCGAGGAGAUGGAGAGGUGGAUACCUGAGCUCAACCCUGGAGAUAUUAACCUGGUGGAGACCAAGAGGGACACGCUGGGGAUCAGUAGCAGUAAGGUAACAGUGUUGGGUUACGGGCUGCUCACCACAGAUGCACGCCCCCUGGUGGAGGCUCUGACCAGACAGAGGUUUAAUGUGGUGGUGGUGGAUGAAUCCCACUACCUCAAGUCCAGGAACGCAGCCAGGUCUAAGAUACUGGUACCACUCAUCCAGAACGCCAAGCGGGCCAUCCUACUGACGGGCACCCCGGCCCUGGGACGGCCAGAGGAGCUCUUUAUGCAGAUAGAGGCUCUCUAUCCUAGGAUGUUUGGAACGUGGAGUGACUAUACCAAACAAUACUGUAACGCCCACUACAGGUUCCUUGGAAACAGGAGACAGUGGGACUGUCGUGGUGCCUCUCAUCUAGAGGAACUCCACCAGCGUCUCAGUGAGAUCAUGAUCCGGAGGCUGAAGGUCCAGGUCCUCCCCCAGCUACCCCCCAAAAUACGCCAGCGCAUCCCCUUCGACCUGCCCAAAGACGCUGCCAAGGAGGCGAGCGGCAGCUUGGAGGAGUGGGAGCGCCUGAUGAGGACGAUGGGUUCGGGGGUCUCUGCCACGGACAACCCCUUCACUGAAGUCAUGGGGCUCGUCACACGCAUGUACAAACAGACCGCCAUCGCUAAGGCCGGAGCAGUGAAAGACUACAUAAAGAUGCUGCUGGAGACUGAGAAGUUAAAGUUCCUGGUGUUCGCUCAUCACCUGACCAUGCUACAGGCAUGUAGCGAGGCUGUCAUCGAAGCCAAGGCCAGUUACAUCCGUAUCGAUGGCAGUGUUCCAUCCUCAGAGCGUAUCCACCUGGUUCACCAGUUCCAGAAUGACCCUGAGACGCGUGUGGCCGUCCUCAGCAUACAGGCUGCUGGGCAGGGCCUGACGUUCACAGCGGCCACUCACGUGGUGUUUGCUGAGCUGUACUGGAACCCUGGCCAUGUGAAGCAGGCUGAGGACCGGGCGCACCGCAUCGGACAGACCGCCUCCGUCCACGUGCACUACCUCAUCGCCAAGGGAACCUUUGACACCGUCAUGUGGUGCAUGCUCAACAGGAAGGAAACGGUAACAGGCAGUACUCUGAACGGUAAGAAGGAGUACUUAAAGGCAGAGUUGGGGGAUAAGGACAAAUGGGACUUCCUGAAUUUCGCCGAGGCGUGGACACCAAGCGAGACGACCCUGGCAGCGGUUGAGAAUGACAAAGAUCCUGUGUUCUUUAACCAUUUUGAGAAGGACAAACAGCACGACAUUCGUUCGUUCUUCUCUCCGGACGCUGGUAAAGAGAAGAAGAGGAAGAGAACAGAGGGUGAGGUUUGCCUAUCCCCUGUUACCCCCUCAGAGAAGGAGGGUUCUAUAGAUGUGGAGAACCCAGAGAACGACAAGGAGAAAAUCUUCAACUCCCAAGAUCCCCCUGACCUCCAGGACCUAGACUUCUCUCCCCAGGUGAAGAGGCUGCGGCUGCCCACCCCCAGCGCUACCCACAGCCCCAGGUCUCGUCUUGGGGGGAAGAGGAGGUCCCUCCAUGGGGGGAGAGACACCAGCAGCCGCCCCCUGGCCUCUUUGUUUACCCCCCGUCGGCUCUCUGAUAAAGGGACCCCGAAACCAAGGCUGAGUCCCAGACCAGGACCACCAGAUCAGGGGAAGGGAGAUGAGUGGAGUUGUGGGGCCUGUACUUACUCGAACAGCAUCCUGCUCCUUUACUGUGAGCUGUGUGAGUCCCCACUCCACAGGCCCAGCACUGCUCCAGACACACAAUCUACAGGUUCACCUGCUGUGUCCGCAGGCUCCAGGCCUGACCAGUCCACCCCUAGAGAACACCCCUGGAUGCUCCUCUCUGGGUCGGACAGCGAGCAGGAGGACCCCCCCUGUCCUGGUCCUGCCUCGCCCGGGACAACUGAACCACAGACAGACAGUCGACAGAGAGGGCAGGAGGAGGAGAGACAGACAGACGGUCAACCGAGAGUGCAGGAGGAGGAGAGACAGACAGACGGUCAACAGAGAGAGCAGGAGGAGGAGGAGAGACAGACAGACGGUCAACAGAGAGGGCAGGAGGAGAGACAGACAGACGGUCAACAGAGAGAGGAGGAGAAGCUCAAAGGCAAACAAUCACCAGGAGAGAACCAGUCAGCCCCUCAUGAGCACACUGAUGCCCAGACAGACAGUGUAUCUAGUCCUGCUGAUGACACUACGGCCAGUCUCCCCAUGUACCACAACAUGAAGUUCUGCGCCAGCAAGAACACUGAGCGUAUCUACCUUUACUCCCAGGAGGACAGUCCACUGCACUGGAAUUUCAUUCCUCUGGACAUUAAACUGGACAGCUGGGAGGACCUGCCUGAAGCCUUCAGACGCAGAGAGAACAGGACUCAGGUACUGAGGUUUGUCCAGCAGUGGAGCACUCUGACAGCCAUGAAGCAGAGACUGAUCCGCCGCAGUGGUCUCCUGUUCUGCAGCCCAGUCCUGGCCCUGGACCAACUGACCAGCACCCAGCGCAAACACAGCAGCACCAAGAGGUAUCUAACCAAAGAAGAUGUGUCCCAGGCCUCUCUCAGUAAGGCCCAGUGUGAUGGAGGAACUGUUCGCAUGGUCAACAAGGAGAUCUUCUUCACCAAGAGGAGAACUACCUCUAUGUCACGACACAACACCUCUGCCUCCGUCCCAGAGAAACCAUCUGAGGUGCACCCAGAGCCUCCUGUUGGUGCACCUGAGGGCCCGUCAGAGGCUGAAACUGGGUACCUGCAGGUGCUGGACAGUGAGGGUCGAGCCUUGUGUCUGUCCUGCCACGAGGCCUGUGGGUCCACCGGAGGAGCCUGGGACAACUGCUUCUGUAGCCAGACGUGUCAGGAGGAGUUGCAGCUACGCUCCAGCCAGGCCUACAUGCGCGCCCGGGUACUGCAGACGGAGCAGGGGGUGUGUCAGAGCUGCGGCCUGCAAGCCCACCAGCUGUACCUGAAGGUCCGCGACGCCCCGCCCACACACAGGAAGGAGAUGCUAGAGAACACCUGGCUGACCCAGCUGUCACUCAAACAGCUGAAUGAGAUGAUCCGUGCCCCCGUGGAGGGUCAGUUCUGGCAGGUGGACCACAUCCGACCCGUCUACAGUGGUGGAGGACAGUGUUCCCUGGACAACCUACAGACACUCUGCACCGUCUGUCACAGAACCAGGACAGCUCAGCAAGCCAAAGACAGAAGCCAGAUGAAGAAAGGACUGGCAGCCUCCAAGGUGGCUUCAGACAUCACUCGCUUCUUCAUAAAGAAAUGAAGAUUAAAACAAAAUGUUUUAGGAAGGAGGGAAGGUUGGAGGAGUACUGAGUGACAUAGGAAGGAUGCUUCUUGAGUGUGUUGUCAUCUCUGUGAAGAAGGCUACAUGUCACAGUUGGUUCUCAAUGCUGCCACUACUGUCCAUGUUAUGGAUUCACCAGCAAUCCAAUGUAGAGGGACAUGGCCUCCUUUCUUUAAUUCCAUCAUGUUCAAGUUGGGUCAUUGAGUUGGUGUGAAGACUGUUCUUUCAGGUUGGUUUUGUUGAGUUACCUGAAUAGAUUGGACUAAACAAUGCUGCCUGUAUCAAAUGCAAAUGUUCCACAUGCACAGCUACGCUCCUUCCCAUGUUGUCCCCGAACCGUCAGCAGGGAGCCUGGGUUGAUUUAUAACGGGCUUAUCUAGCUCAGAUACAGGCUGAACUGAACCAAGAUGGGCAGGCUGCUGCCUGUUUCAUUUGCCAGCCUGCCUGCCAGCCUGCCGAGCGCUCGCUGCUAUUUUAGGUUGUGCAAACUUGGUAGAAAAACCCUGAUAUGUGUGAUGCUCUAGUUUACAUCUUGACAGGAUAUCACAAGCAAGUGUUUUCCUUCAUGUCCUCUACAUGUAGCCUAGUUAAUAGUGUCCUCUACAUGUAGCCUAGUUAAUAGUGUCUUUAUGUCCUCUACAUGUAGUCUAGUUAAUAGUGUCUUCAUGUCCUCUACAUGUAGUCUAGUUAAUAGUGUCUUUAUGUCCUCUACAUGUAGUCUAGUUAAUAGUGUCUUUAUGUCCUCUACAUGUAGUCUAGUUAAUAGUGUCUUCAUGUCCUCUACAUGUAGUCUAGUUAAUAGUGUCUUCAUGUCCUCUACAUGUAGUCUAGUUAAUAGUGUCUUUAUGUCCUCUACAUGUAGUCUAGUUAAUAGUGUCUUCAUGUCCUCUACAUGUAGUCUAGUUAAUAGUGUCUUUAUGUCCUCUACAUGUAGUCUAGUUAAUAGUGUCUUCAUGUCCUCUACAUGUAGUCUAGUUAAUAGUGUCUUUAUGUCCUCUACAUGUAGUCUAGUUAAUAGUGUCUUCAUGUCCUCUACAUGUAGUCUAGUUAAUAGUGUCUUUAUGUCCUCUACAUGUAGUCUAGUUAAUAGUGUCCUCUACAUGUAGUCUAGUUGAUAGUGUCUUUAUGUCCUCUACAUGUAGUCUAGUUGAUAGUGUCUUUAUGUCCUCUACAUGUAGUCUAGUUAAUAGUGUCUUCAUGUCCUCUACAUGUAGUCUAGUUAAUAGUGUCUUUAUGUCCUCUACAUGUAGUCUAGUUGAUAGUGUCUUUAUGUCCUCUACAUGUAGUCUAGUUAAUAGUGUCUUCAUGUCCUCUACAUGUAGUCUAGUUAAUAGUGUCUUCAUGUCCUCUACAUGUAGUCUAGUUAAUAGUGUCUUCAUGUCCUCUACAUGUAGUCUAGUUAAUAGUGUCUUCAUGUCCUCUACAUGUAGUCUAGUUAAUAGUGUCUUCAUGUCCUCUACAUGUAGUCUAGUUGAUAGUGUCUUUAUGUCCUCUACAUGUAGUCUAGUUAAUAGUGUCUUCAUGUCCUCUACAUGUAGUCUAGUUAAUAGUGUCUUCAUGUCCUCUACAUGUAGUCUAGUUGAUAGUGUCUUUAUGUCCUCUACAUGUAGUCUAGUUAAUAGUGUCUUCAUGUCCUCUACAUGUAGUCUAGUUAAUAGUGUCUUCAUGUCCUCUACAUGUAGUCUAGUUGAUAGUGUCUUUAUGUCCUCUACAUGUAGUCUAGUUGAUAGUGUCUUCAUGUCCUCUACAUGUAGUCUAGUUGAUAGUGUCUUCAUGUCCUCUACAUGUAGUCUAGUUGAUAGUGUCUUUAUGUCCUCUACAUGUAGUCUAGUUAAUAGUGUCUUCAUGUCCUCUACAUGUAGUCUAGUUAAUAGUGUCUUCAUGUCCUCUACAUGUAGUCUAGUUAAGUGUCUUUAUGUCCUCUACAUGUAGUAUAGUUAAUAGUGUCUUUAUGUCCUCUACAUGUAGUCUAGUUAAUAGUGUCUUUAUGUCCUCUACAUGUAGUCUAGUUGAAAGGUUUUCUGUGAUGUCUACUGUUUUAGCAGGAGUCUUGGAUUUGUUAGACUGAGCAUGAAUGGAUGAACAAACUUGACUGAAAUGAAAAUAAAAACUCUAUUUUCUCUC